GAGUGAGGGUGAGGAAGCUUCUGCGCGGCGCUCCCGGUUUGAGACCUUGGUGUCUGGUUCGAGACGACGUUUCGGAUUUGUUUUGAGUUUUCUUGCAUAGUUUUGUUUCGGUUGUUGCAGUUUGGAUUGCGGUUUCAUUUCAACAAGAUCUUGCUGAGCGACGACUGACCGCCUCCCUCUCUCUCCGACGCGCAGCCGCCGCCAUGGACAUGUUGAUGUCAGCCAACAACGCCAUCCUGAACACCAGGACGUCCGUGGACAGGUUCACCAACAGCCUGGACGACCUGGCAGCGUCGGUGGGCACAGCAGCCUUCGUCGCCAUCAUGGCCGGCGCCUUCGCCCUCAGCGCCGGCCUCGGCAACGCGUCCCUCGUGGCCCUUGCCAGGAUCGACGAGUCCUUCUUCCAGCCGCUCAUUGCCAGGAUCAGCAGCAGCGAGACGUGGGCGGACUUCUUCGGCACCGUCCUGGACGAAAGGAGUCUCAACACAGCGGCUGACAUCCUGGACUUACUCACCGGCGCCUACGCUAAGUAUGGCAGACGACGGCGCUCGAACUAACCACCGGCCGACGACUCUCCCUGCUAUGCUUUGUGGCUUAUGUUUGGUGUUAUUAAGUUUUAAAGAGAAUUCUGUUAUGUACUCAUGCUCGUGA